CCCACCGUAAAACCUUCGUUUACGCCACCACACACCAACAAAAUGGCUGCUAUCAUGUCCACCUCCUCCGCCUUCGCCGGCGUGAAGGUCCAGGCCCGCGUCGCCGUCAAGUCCCAGCGCGCGCAGACCGUCAUCAUGGCCAACGCCUCCGGCCCCAAGCGCGGUACCAAGGCCCAGGGUGGCCAGGCUGGCGUUGGUUACAAGGGCUCCACCGAGGCUGGCUCCGCCCCCAAGACCCGCUCCGGCAAGGCUGGCUACGUCUACAAGCUCGGCCUCCGCAACGGCAAGGCUAACGUCGACGAGUACUCCCCCAUCUACACCCCGUCCGAGUUCAAGACUGACGGCGACAAGUACGAGGGUGACCUCAAGCUCGCCGCGGGCGCCGUCCUCGGCGUGAUCGGCACCGGCGCCCUCGCCAUCCUCGCCACCUCCGCCCUCUAAGCACUCGGCACUUCGAAGCGUGGAAGCGUCGACGAGAGUGGGUGUUGCGACGAGUUUGCCUGACCUUAGUGUUCUAGCAUGGGCAGAGACUUGUGAAUGAAAGAACGAAAAGCUUUUUCGGUAAAAGCUUCGCCGUC